AAUCUGGAAGGCUGAGUAGCUGGGAAGGUGAGGGCUGCUUCGCGGCUGAGUGUGCUCUAUGGACCAUGUGCUGCUAUGGAUGCCUGAAGUACUUGACCUGCAGGUUGGGAAGACUCAGCCAUCUCCAUGCUGGGCUGGAUUAAGUGCCUGAUGAGGAUGUGGUUUCAGCGAGUUGGGGUCAGCAUGCAGUCGGUUCUGUGGUCUGGAAAACCAUAUGGUUCAUCUCGAAGUAUUGUAAGGAAAAUUGGUACCAACUUAUCUCUGAUUCAGUGUCCAAGAGUUCAAUUUCAGCUUACCAGCCAUGCAACAGAAUGGAGUCCCACGCACCCAGGAGAGGAUGUGGUGGCAACUUUUGCUGAUGUUGGAUGGGUAGCCACCGAUGAAGGAGAAUGCUCAACAAGACUCAGGACAGAAGUCAGGUCCAAGCCUCCUCUUGAGAACAACCCUCCUUGCUUUGAGAAGCCCCCAAGCAGGCACAUUUCCUUACCAAACUCGUCUCAAGACAAGCCUUCUCCAAAGACGACACUAGCCAGCGAGGAGGCCUUGCAGAAGAUCUCUGCACUUGAGAAUGAGCUUGCUGCCCUUAGAGCUCAGAUUGCCAAGAUUGUGACCCUGCAGGAGCAACAGAGUCCAAGUGCAGGUUGCUUAGAUUCUUCCACACCUGUUAUUGUAGUACCACCACCACCGCCGCCGCCGCCGCCUCCUCCUCCCCUCCCUCCCCCACCAUUGGUGCUCCACCCAAGUACAUCUGCUCUUGAUCUGAUUAAAGAACGAAGAGAGCAAAGACUCAGUGCUGGAAAGACUCUGGCUAAGGGCCACCCAAAGAAGCUUGACAUGCCAAAUAUGCUAGAGAUCCUUAAAGACAUGAACAGUGUGAAGCUACGGCCAGUCAAGAGGUCAGAGAAAGAUGAAAAACCUAGGCCAGUGGAUAUUACUGAUCCUGCUGCCCUCAUAGCAGAGGCUCUGAAAAAGAAGUUUGCAUAUCGGCAUCGACACAAUAGCCAAGGAGAAGCUGAAAGAGGAAUUCCAAAGCCAGAGUCAGACGCAACCUCAGAGCCAGCCCUGUUUGGCCCACAUACAUUGAAGUCUACAGGGAAAAUGAAGGCUUUAAUUGAAAAUGUUUCAGACUCCUAAAUGGACAAUGAAUUCAGAAAGACUCCUGGUUUACCUGUUGGCUUGCAGAGCUGAGUUUGGCUAGUAGAAAUCACCAGUAUUUAGUAAAUUCCUGACUGUAGUGCUCAUUGGUCUCCUUCUUAGCCUAAUUAGAGGAGUAAGAAGUGGUGAAAGCACCAGAAGUUGGUUUGGCUCCUAGAAGAUGGUCAGUUCUGGAGCUCUCCUUAUCACACAUGUAUUAUGUGCAUUUUCAGUUAACACUAAAGUCUGUGCAAGAGUUUUAUAUGCAUACGUUUGGAUACAAAGAUGUAAAAGCUCCCAGUGACUGGCAUCAGCGAGGACACCCUUCCUCUGCAUUGAGAGGUCACUAGUCAGCGAUGGAACACUGAUGCCGUUAGCAUAGCACACUAUUGGAGCUGGGAAUGCUGCGGACAGGACUUGAGUAUAUUCUCACUUUCUGCUUUCUGGAGCUGAGUUUACAUAAACAGCAGAAGAUGCUUCCUGCCGAGUCUCUGUAUUGCUUUCUGUUAGAGGGAAGUGAGGACCAGGAAGGCUGUGUAAACCUCAUUACCACUCAAUACUGAGAAGCAAAUGUACUUCUCAAGUAGUGACAAGUCAAAUUACUGAAUUAAAUCAUUUCUUAAAUAAAAGCCAGAAUGUAUCAUCUUUCUUAUCAAUUUAAUAAGUUCCCUCAUAAAGAUGAUUUAUUGCUAAGUUAACAAUUGUCUUAGUUAAGGUUACUAUCACUGUGAUGAAACACCAUGGCCAAAAGCAACUUGGGGGAGGAAAUGGUUUAUUUCACUCACAGUACCAUAUAGCAGUUCAUCAUCACAAGCAGUGAGGGCAGGAAGUAAGCAGGGCAGGAUCCUGGAGUCAGGAGCUGAUGCAGAAGCCAUGCAGGGUGCUCCUUACUGCCUUGCUUCCCAUGGCUUGCUCAGCCUGUUUUCUUAUAGAACCCAGGACCACCAGCCCAGGGUGAGCACCACCCCACAGUAGGCUGGGCCCUCCCCCAUCAAUCACUAAUUAAGAGAAUGCCUUAUAGCCAGAUCUUAUGGAGGCAUUUUCUCAAUUGAGGUUCACUUCCUUUUACAUGACUCUAGCUAUGUCAAGCUGACAGACUAGCCAGCAUAGUACUUCUAGAAAUGUCAGCAUAAUUGAAUUUAUAGUUUUGACAUAUUGGUCAAGAUAUUCUUUAUAAUGAAAUAUUACUGAAUAGGUGAAUAAAUUCCCUUUAAGCUAUUUAUUAUUGGUCAGCCAAUGGAUUAUAUUAUGCAGAUAAACCUUAGGUGUUAUUAGAAAGUAGAAAACUGCCUUUACUAUCUAAGGCUUGGAAGGACUUGUUAUAAUCUAAAGUUCUUAGUACUUUUCAUGAUUUUUUUGUUUCUGAUAAACUCUUCAAUGCCAGAAUCUCUCUUACCAUGAGUAAAUAUUUGGAUUAUUUAAAUCUAGACUAGUGGUUCUUCCCAGGAGAAUUUAGAGAUGGGAAGUAUAGAUAAUAUUUUAAGUUAUUGAAAAUAGAUGUUCUAAAUCAUAACAAAGAUUGGGCUAUUUUUCAUAGCUUAUUUAGUUUAAAUUGUGGUAUGUUUUUGCUGUAUAUUGUUUCUAAAUAUUUUGUAUGGUUUGAAAACUGUCUUUUAUGAGAUUCAGAAAAUUCACCUGACCAUAUUUUGACCUAAGAAGUUUAUAUUUAUAUCAGUAUUGAAUUUGGCUAGUAUUCUCCUAUAUGAAAGUUAUUAUUUUAAAAUAAACCAAGCUGUUGAAUUUUCUUUCAAUGAUA